AUGGAAAAAUUACAAAAAGUAAAUAAAAAUCAAGAUGCUAAAAUUAUGGAACUCGAGGAGAAGAUGAGAAGAAUGGAAAGACGACCAUAUCAGGAAAUUUCAGAUCCAAUGGCUACAAUUGGGAUCGAACCUUCGGUCAAUGGACACAACUCAAACAGAAAAAGAGUGCUUGCUCCUCCGGUUGAUGGACCCCAACUUGUUAAAAAACCAUCUAAUUUACACAACAAGCCAAGUAUGUCAAACGAUUCAGAUUUACAAGUAUCAAACAAGAAUUCUGUUUCAGAUAAGAACAAAGAAACUAUGGUUCAUAAUGGUGGCAGUGCACGACAACUAGAAAAAUGUUUUGCUGGACACAAGAAUGUUGUGCGAAACCAAGAAGCUUUUGAUCAUAGUUACACUGCUCAGCAAGGGGAAACAAAUUCUGCUGCACAUAAGGUAUGUUUCUGUUACCAUACACAAUAUGUUCAAAAUAUAUUGCUCCAUUGUUUAUGUAUCUACUGGUUGUCUUGCUAUCAGAAUGUUGUUCAGAACAAAUAA